AUGCGGCGUACCGUUGAAGUCAGCGCUAAGUACGAUCUUACCGCGCCACUAUUUCCGAUCUUACCCAUGAGCCUGGAUCGAAACGAUCAUAUCAAGCUCAACGAAACUCAACUCAACUCAACUCGCCUGAGUGCAUUACUUGCCUUCUUCUGUUUCAUUCACUGCUACAAAGUUAACUUUAUCUUACUACCUACAAUAUUCAAAAAGCUGCCAAAAUGUCAUAGAGACGCGAUCCGAAAGCUCGUUGGUGCCUUCAGGUCGAGUUGUCGUAUUGCUGCUGGGCUGCCAGCCAUCAUUGGUAGCCAGCCCGCGGUGUUGUAUCCGCUCACUUUCGGAAGAAGCCGUCCAGCGUAA